CGUUUUUCUCACAACUCACAAGCAAGCAUCCUUUGCUCAAAGCCUUAUCAAGUUUCCAAGUUUCCUCUUUGACUCCCCAAAACCUCUCUCACCUUCUUCUCCCUUUGAUUCUUCACUCACCCCAAAACAGAACAAGCACCAAGAAAAAUGGUGUUGUUGUCCAAAGCAACAUCAACAACAGAACAAUACUCCUACAUCAAUAAUUGCAUGUCAACCACAUUCUCCUCCUCAUCAAUUCCCAUAGUGGACCUCUCCAAACCUGAUGCCAAGACCCUCAUAGUUAAGGCUUGUGAGGAGUUUGGAUUCUUCAAAGUCAUCAACCAUGGUGUCCCCAUGGAUGCUAUAUCCCAAUUGGAAACUGAAGCCUUCAAGUUCUUCUCUAUGCCACUCAUUGAGAAGGAAAAAGCAGGGCCUCCUAAUCCAUUUGGCUAUGGCAGCAAAAGAAUUGGACCCAAUGGUGAUGUUGGUUGGAUUGAGUACCUUCUUCUCAACACCAAUCAAGAACACAACUUCUCUGUUUUUGGCAAAAACCCUGAGAAAUUCAGGUGUAUUGUGAAAAAUUACAUGUCUUUUGUGAGGAAAAUGGCAUGUGAGAUUCUAGAGUUGAUGGCAGAAGGGUUGAAGAUUCAGCCAAAGAAUGUGUUUAGCAAGCUUUUGAUGGACAAACAGAGUGACUCUGUUUUCAGGGUGAAUCACUACCCUGCAUGCCCUGAACUUGCUAUGAAAGGUAAGAACUUGAUCGGGUUUGGAGAACACACAGACCCUCAAAUCAUUUCUCUGCUUAGGUCCAACAACACUUCAGGCCUUCAGAUUACUCUCAGAGAUGGAAGCUGGAUUCCAAUCCCACCCGAUCACAGUUCCUUCUUCAUCAAUGUUGGUGACUCUCUUCAGGUUAUGACCAAUGGAAGAUUCCGCAGUGUGAGGCACAGAGUUUUAGCAAAUGGAAUCAAGUCGAGGCUCUCAAUGAUUUACUUUGGAGGUCCACCUCUUAGUGAGAAAAUAGCACCAUUGCCUUCUCUCAUGAAAGGAAAAGAAAGCUUGUACAAAGAGUUUACUUGGUUUGAGUACAAGAAUUCAACUUAUGGUUCAAGAUUGGCUGAUAAUAGGCUUGGACAUUUUGAGAGAAUUGCAGCUUCAUAAAUAUAUAUAUGCUAGAGGAGUUUGAGGGCACUUGUCAAUACAAAAUGGGGGUUACAAUAUAUACUAUAAAUGCUUCUUUUUUUUUUUUUUCAUUUU